CGGAAGUAUGCACGUGCGAGCGGCCAGCGAGCGCCAUGGCGGCCGCCCGUCUCCUCCGGGCUUCCCGGGUGUGGACCCGCUGGCAUCCCCGGGCGCUCCCUGUUCCUGGGAGACCUGAAGAAUUCUUUAUCCGGGAAUAUGCCAAGAAGCCAGCCGGCAAGGGCGGCAAGGGCGGCGUGACCGCUGAGGCCCUGAAAGACCCUGAGGUGUGCACAGACCCCACUCAGCUCACCACACACGCCAUGGGGGUCAACAUCUACAAGGAAGGCCAGGAUGUGACUCUGAAGCCAGACUCCGAAUACCCCACAUGGCUGUUCCAGAUGGACUUGGGUCCCCCCAAAAAGCUAGAGGAACUAGAGCCGGAGUCCCGAGAAUACUGGCGACUGCUUCGCAAACAGAAUAUCUGGCGUCAAAACCGGCUGAACAAGAACAAGAAGCUGUAGUGUGAGGACGGGCCCCUCACAGACUGACCGCCUGGGCCCGUGGCCAGCCAGUGGCGCGAGAAUGGAGCCCUGUGGCCAAACUGUCCUCUGACCUUCACAUGCUCACCAUGGUGUGCAGGCCACACUUACACUAAAUAAACAACUACGAAAAUAAA